AUGAAUAUGCACCUUGUGUGUACCUGGUUCUCGCGGUCAUCAGAAGAUGGCCUCAGAACUCCUGAACUUAGAGAUGCAGUGACCUACGAUGAUGUGCAUGUGAACUUCACUCGGGAAGAGUGGGCUUUGCUGGAUCCUUCCCAGAAGAGUCUCUACAGAGAUGUGAUGCUGGAGACCUACAAGAACCUGUCUGCUAUAGGCUACAAGUGGGAACACCAUAAUAUUGAAGAACAUUGUCAAAAUUCUAGAAGACAUGGGAGGUAA